AAUUUUCACAACUCUAAAGCGUCGUGCACAUUCGCCACUUACCCCUUAUCCCUCUCUCGACUCUCACCAUGGCCACUGUCCUCAGAACCCCCACUUUCCGGCCACCGCCUCCGCCGCGCGCCGCCAAGUCGCCGAAACCCUCGCGCGUCGCCGUUGCGUCUUUCAGCCAAACCACUGCCUCCAGGAGAGCACCCUCGCCCCUCUCCUCCCUGCGGUUCCCUGUCGUCCCCUCUCCGCGGUUCGCCAAGUUCGUUCCCUUCGCCUUCGACGGCGACACCGAUUCCCCGCAAGUUCAGGAACCGGAGGUUCAGGUUCUGGACCCUUCAGAUGGUGCUGUUGAUGUAAAGGACAGUGCGAGUGAUAAUGAGGUUAGUGAUGCUGGUGAAACACCUGUUUCACCUUUCUUAGCGUUACUUCAAUUGUACAAAGAAGCAUUAGCUAAUAAUGAUGAAGUCAAAAUUGCUGAGUUGGAAUCGUCAUUAAAAUCUAUUGAAGAUGAUAAAAUAGAACUUGAAGGGAAAAUAGCUUCUUUAUCUGAGGAGUUAACUAUAGAAAAGGAUCGGAUUCUAAGAAUUAGUGCCGACUUUGACAAUUUUCGGAAGAGGACGGAGAGAGAUCGCCUGUCACUAGUCACAAAUACUCAGGGUGAAGUUGUGGAGAGUUUGUUGCCUGUAUUGGAUAAUUUUGAGAGAGCAAAGACCCAGAUUAAGGUGGAGACAGAGGCAGAGGAGAAAAUAAACAACAGCUAUCAAAGCAUAUAUAAACAGUUCAUUGAAAUUCUAACCUCACUUGGAGUUGAACCAGUGGAGACAGUUGGAACACCCUUCGAUCCAAUGCUACAUGAAGCAAUUAUGCGUGAAGAUUCUGAUGAAUAUGAGGAUGGCAUCAUAAUUCAAGAAUUCAGAAAGGGUUUUAAACUAGGUGACCGUCUCUUGCGUCCAUCAAUGGUGAAGGUAUCAGCUGGUCCUGGACCAGCAAAGCCUGAACAAGAAGCACCGCAAGAAGAACAAGCCAAAACUGAAAAUUCUGAGGACAGUGUAGAGAACGAGGGUGUCACUGAAACAGAGUCUGCUUGAAAGGUCAAAACUUUUGCCUGCUUUCAGUUUUGCUACAGUAUAUCAAUUUGAAUCUCCAGGAACAUAAUGUCUUUUGCCUAGGAAAUAUUCCACCCACGUUUCCCUUAUUGGAAAAUUAGUAUUAUGAGAUUUUGAAUUAUAUUUUUAGAUUAUUAUGGCCUUUUAUAACUUUCGUAGAGAUGGCUAAAUUUUCAGAGGUACCAUUUUCCUGAAUGGAAGAGUAAGUUGCAAUUGAUCAAGUGCUUAGCACCUGGAAUUAGGUUUUUAUAAUGACAUCAUUUCUUCAUCGUAUUGCACAUUACAAAUGGAAGAAUAUUUCAUAAUGUAUUCUUUGGUCGGGCAAGAUGCAUUGCUGCGUUCUGUACUCUUCAGUGCUAUUCAGAUGGUUAUUUGAUUGUUCUUUGGUUCUUCGCAAACUUUAUAAAGAUAAUAUUGCCCAUUAGUUUUCCACUUGACAUUAAUAACCAGGACAUAUGGGCAUUAUUAUGUUAUUAUGGAAUUUUAGGAGGAAGCAUAAUGUACUUUUGAUUACGUUUUUCACAUUAAUA